CGCCACGGCCGCAGCCGCGAAUCGAGUGUUGUUCCAGACGGUGUAUCGGUGCGUGAUCGCCGCGGUCGAGUCGUACGGUCGUAACCGUAUACCGCAUCGUCUCGUGCGAAAACGCCUUCAGCGGUCGCAGUGCACACACCGUACGUGGAGCGGAUCGAGUGCAACGACAUUAUUGUCAUUACAACGGUACGAUUUAGCGUCCGCUACGCGCACGUGGGCUUUUCGAUUUCGGUCGCGAACACGUCGCACCGGUCCGGGAUGAUCUCGUAAGACCAAUCGGCAAGGAGAAGAGAAUAUGGCACCUGUUGACAAGUCGGCCGACGGAUCGGAUCCGGCCGACAAAACGGCAACAGAACUACCGAAUUCGGCGACCAGCAACAAGUCGGUCGGCAGCAUGGCGGCCCAGGGGCUCGACCAGUCAGGGAAACAGGGCACACCAGUGCUGCAAGACGGUUCUGGGAUAGCCGAGUUGACAAUGAUUCCAAAAUUAGAACCCACUCAAGUCUUAAAAACAAAACUCUCGGACAAAGAUUUGAGGACGCCGACCCUGCCGUUCAUCACGUCCACGCCCAACACGCUGAGUCCAACGGAAAGUUCGGAAAUGCCACCAUGGGCGUCUUGGUCAAUAAUAAUAGCGGUAAUGUUGCUCGCCGUUGGAUUCGUGGGCUUCUGCAUACACAGAUUCUUCAGGAAGCGGAGAACAAAAGAUGGGAAGAAAGGCAAAGGCGUCGUAGAUCUAAAGGCUGUCCAACUCCUGGGUUCGGCCUACAAAGAAAAAAUACAACCAGACAUGGAAGAACUGACUGAUAACGCGGAGGAGAUCGCGGAAGAAGGAGACAGUACGAAAGACGAGAAAAAAUUGGGAAGGUUACAGUUCAAGAUGGAAUACGAUUUUCAAGGCAACACUCUGUCCGUGACCGUGAUUCAAGCGGAGGACUUGCCGGCCCUGGACAUGGGCGGUACUUCGGACCCGUACGUAAAGGUGUACUUGUUGCCGGACAAGAAGAAGAAGUUCGAGACCAAAGUGCACAGAAAAACGCUGAACCCCGUAUUCAACGAAACGUUCCAGUUCAAGGGCAUACCCUACGCGGACGCGAUGAACAAGACCCUGGUGUUCGCCAUUUUCGAUUUCGACCGGUUUUCCAAGCACGAUCAGAUUGGCGAGGUGAAGGUGCCGUUGUGCCAGAUCGAUUUGGCCCAGACCAUCGAGGAGUGGAGGGAGUUGCAGUCCGUCGAAGGGGAAGGAGGACAGGAUAACAAGCUGGGAGACAUUUGUUUCUCGUUGCGUUACGUGCCUACCGCCGGAAAACUGACAGUGGUAAUAUUGGAAGCUAAAAACUUAAAGAAAAUGGACGUCGGUGGACUCUCAGAUCCGUACGUGAAGAUCGCGCUGAUGCAAAAUGGAAAACGGCUAAAGAAAAAGAAAACUAGUAUAAAGAAGUGUACCCUCAAUCCGUACUACAACGAAUCGUUUACAUUCGAAGUCCCAUUCGAACAGAUACAGAAAGUCAACCUGGUAGUGACGGUCGUCGACUACGAUCGCAUCGGCACGUCCGAGCCCAUCGGCAAAGUGGUACUGGGCUACAACGCAACCGGUACCGAACUGAGACACUGGUCCGACAUGUUGGCAUCGCCGAGGCGUCCGAUCGCGCAGUGGCACACGCUAAAGGAUCCGGACGACGACGCCAAAAACUAAGCCGCAAAACAACCACCACCGUCGCCACACCAUCACCACCGCCGCUGCUGCCACCGACCGAUGAUGAAUAAAAAAAACAUCGUCGACACACCACAUAAUAUACCUCCUACCCUAAGUCAUCGCCGUCGUCAUUGCGCGCAAACGUGCCGUCCCGGUCGGACGCGCGCGCAAUAAUGAUAAUAAAAUCGUAAUAUCAUAAAAGAAAAAAAAACAUAAUUUCCAAAACAUAAUCGUCAUACAUAUAGUUUAGUAAUGAUUUCUAAAAUAAUACGCGAACAACACGGUUGUAUAUUACCAUGAUAUCCGCGAUGCGUACACAAUGACAAUUGUACAGCGAUAAGAGCAGAAACAAAGCAAAAACAAUUUCCGUUUAUAUUUCGUUUUAUAAAAAUAUUCUCUCUCUAUCUCUUCCCGAGUCGCGCGUGCCUACUACCUCAUCGACAUGUUCACGUAACGCGUUUAAAUCACUCGUAAUAAUAAUACGCAACAACAAUUGUAUCGUACUAACCGCAGCAGCGUGCAAAGGACCCUUUCGUCGUCGUUCCGCGCAUCCGUUUUGUUUCGUCGUACCCCAGAAAACUAUGUUUAUUUGUCCGUCGUUUGUCGUAAUCAUUAUUAUUAUUAUUGGUUCAUACUAGAAAUGUCGAAAACGUCGUUACUCCGCUACGCGUGGCGAGAGACGAUAUUUUCGAUAUUUUAAAGAAAAAAGGACGUCGGAAUAACGAUUAUUAUUAUUAUUAUUAUUAUUACCGUAUUACGCGAUGUUAUUUUAAUGAUAUGCUCUGAUUACUUAUGUCUUCUCCGUGUUAUUGUAUUACAAUAUAUAUAUAAUUAUACACACACGAUGUAAUAAACGUGUGUAUACAGGGUGUUUCGAGUUGUAAAUGGUACGCUACAUCAAUGUUGAGGGUUGUUUACAGACCUUACCAGCAAUACAUUUUACAAGUAAAUCAAUUGUACAUCUUCGACCGUAGAAAAAUGCAGUUACAUCUGAUGUCAAUAAUAAUACUACGCAACAAUUUUAUUCGCCCGUUACGUAACGUAGACAUAAUGUUUUCGGGAUAUUUCAUAUUCAGUCGUCACGUUACAUUUGAAAGGCCCCGUAUACACAUUUCCCACAGUUAUACAUAAUCGUGCGUGUUUACGAAUACAUUUAUAACAGUUUAUGGUAUACCUACUCAUAUCGUCUUAUUAUGGUUUUUCUUUCAUUUUUUUUUUUUUUUUUUUUAACGGACAUUACUGUCUAUAAUAUAAUAUGUUUAUUAUAUUAUUAUCUUCGUUAACCCCAGCGGGUGUUGUUCUAAGCCACUGUUAUUCGCUUCGUGUAAACGUAUUAUGUAGUUUUUAAAACACCUAGUUCAGAACAUAAUACAAUAUAUUAUUAUAUACUAUAAUAUUAUUAUAAGUUCUCUGUGUAAAUACCAUUUUACCACCAUUAUUAUUAUUAUUAUUAUUACGUUUUGUUUGGUCGGAUAGAUUUAACACGUUAUUAUAAUAGUCUUCGUUAUUUAAUUGUAAUAAUAUUAUUGUUAUCCUCGGAAAGACCGAAGGGGUGCGUUUAUUAACAAAUUGGAACAACAGUUAUUAUUAUAUAAUCUUAAAAAGAAAAAAAAUUACCUAUUACUUCAUUUCUAGUUAAAAUAUAACGAUAUACUUAUAUUA